AUGAACCAGUCCUUCCUGAACCCCUUUUCCACCCCCUCGAUACCCGAAUCCGUACACCAAGUCCUCGGCCCGCGGACAGAAGUACAAUGCCACUGCGCCCGCUUCAACCCCCGAGGUCUCUUUGCGGGACAGUACAUUGCAUCUGCUCGCUCAGACUGGGCCGUUGCCAUCUACGAUGUCGAGACACAAGGAAUGAUCAGGCUGUUGCAAGGACAUGUCAAGCCUGUGACAGCGAUUGCAUGGAGCGAUUCUGGCAGGUUUUUAGCUAGCGCUAGCGCGGAUUGGAAUGUGGUGCUGUGGGAUCUGAAGAGCCAGCCGGCUAGGAGGGUACGCACGAUGCGAUUCGAUGGGCCCGUGGCUUCCAUCGACUUCGCACCGAGGUGUAGCAAAGUAUUGGUGGUCACUCUAGAGUCUCAGCAGGCCAUUGUAGUUGACCUGAGAAGGAGGAGGAGAGCCAGUAGAGGCCUCACGCAGGUCAAUGGCAUCAAUGGUGACCAUACAAACGGCGUCACCCACGACAACCUGCCCUCUUCGUCUAAGCCUGUAUACGAUCCCUGGCAGACAGUAGAAGUGCGCAUGGAUUUGGGCGAGAUUUUUGAGCAGGACAGGACAGCGAAAGAAGAGGAGGUAGGUGAAAGUACCAGCGCAGACAUUCACUCGUCAGCACUUCCACCGAUUACGACGACCAAGUUCCAUCCUCUGGGCGCGUACGUCUUCGCAGGCACAUCUCGCGGCGAGAUCCUCGUCUUCUCCCUGCUGCACAAGGGACGACUCGUCUCUCGCUUCAAUGCCUCUGGAGCAUCAGCGAUUAAAGAAAUUGCAUUCGACAAGUCCGGGAGAAGCCUCGUUGUCAAUUCAAACGAUCGCAGUAUCCGCAUCGUCUCCAUUAGCAUCUCGGCGCAGGCCGCGGACGUGCCUCAGAUCAGUAUGCAGGUGAUUCACCGCUUUCAAGACUUGGUCAAUCGCACCCCUUGGAAUGGCAUCGGCUUCAGUGGCGAUGGCGAGUACGUCUACGCUGGUGCAGCCCACAAGGCUGCACACAACGUGUACGUAUGGGACCGCGGAGCUGGUGCACUCGACAAGAUUCUCGAAGGUCCCAAGGAACCCCUCGUCGAUGCGGACUGGCAUCCCACCCGCCCUUUGCUCCUCUCGGUGAGCCUUUCUGGCUCGAUCAAUAUCUGGUUCACGCCCAACGCCGAGAAUUGGUCCGCCUAUGCGCCGGGAUUCGAAGAGCUCGAGGAGAACAUUGUGUACCAGGAAGGAGAAGAAGAGUUCGAUCUAGAGGACGAGGAUGAGGUCAGUCGUCGGAAGAGGGACGAAGAAGAAGUGGAUGUGGAUGUGCUUAGCGUGGGCCCAUUGCCUGGAGCGUCGGGGGUGAAGCCGGCAGAGCAAAUAGUGCACCCCAAGGCUGCAGGGCUGGACCCUCGACCGUCGCCCAACGAAGAAGGAAAGGAGUGGGAGUAUGAAUGGGAAGAUGACCCAGAGAGACUGCAAGAAGACUUCGCUUUGUACGUCAAUCUCGAAGACGAAGAUUUGGACGAGGACGCUCUAGGCGAUAUGGAUGGGCACUAG